AACAGCCCUUUUGGACAUUCCUCAAACGGUUACCCCCGAGAAGGUCCUGUUCUCCGUUUGGCUGGAUCUCAGGUCCUCUGGAAGCUACAGAAUGCCCCGGUGGUUCUCCUCUUUCCUCUUCCUGCUUGUGGUUUGGCACAGUGGGGCUCGGACCCAGGACAACCGGGUGAAGCUGUGUGGUCGGGAGUUCAUCCGAAUGGUUGUGACGUCAUGUGGAAGCUCCCGGCUGAAGCGCUCUACUCCAGAAUCUGACCAACCCCGAGUUAAUCCAUACUGGAAGCUCCUGGAACGGCUCACCAGUGAUGAACUCAAUGACUGGGAGGAUCCAGGAACCAGCGUGACGACCGUGACGUGGAGCUCUCCGGCAGGCGACCUUGCGGGGGAGCCUGGCCCCCUCCCUCCCCGGGAGCGCACCAGUUCAAUGUCACGCGUUCCCAGAGAGUCCAGAGCGGAGGGGGAUCCGAGCGUGCCAGCACAGACCUUCCUUCCCCUCACAGGGUCCUCCCGGUCCAGGCGGGAAGUGGGCCCGGCAGGGGUGUGCUGCAGGUCAGGCUGUACCCUGAGCGAGCUGGUACAGUACUGCUGAGCAGCCUUUGAAACGCUUGGCAGGAUCUACAGCCCUGAAUGCAGAUAAAGGCUCCUGCAAUAGCACACAUGCCUCUAUAGAAUCACCUGUUUUGUUUUAUCUCGUGAACAAUUGAAUAGGCUUAAGUAAUUCCAGUGCAGAAACGUGCUAGGCGAAUGCUAAAAGUAUGAAAUAGUGACCUGUAUAUUUUUUUAGCACAAUUUUAUCUUUCUUAUUCAGAGCCAAUAGUUCCGAUUUGAAGGGCAAGCCUCCCAGUGCUUGGAUAAAAGUAGUGUGAACACAAACCUUGUCAAAUCCUUUGAUCAAGAAUCUCAUGUAAGACUGCCACAUUGUUCGAGAAGGGAAACUACUGUUCAGAGUAAUUAAUCAGAUAUGGCCAGACUCAGAGUGCCUCUAUAAGAAGGUUGCAGCUUCCUGUGUAGGCAUGAAAAGGGUUAUGGAAGCAUGUGUUCAAUGGAUUGUUAAAGAAUGAUCAAUUGUCUGUAAUUUUCAGUCCUGCUGCUGACUGAUGGGAGUCUGGCAUUGGUGGAAAGUCUGAGCAGCUUUGAAGUUAUUUUAAGAUGGGGCAGGGAGUCAGUAAAACCAAGCUUGGAAAUGCUAGGUGCUGUUCCAAUCUACGCACAGGGCACUUCUGAUAGGUUAGGCAUCUGAAUGAAACUGGAUUUAGUGGUUAGGAAGAUUAACAUUAUGAAUGAUUCUUCAUGUUCAAUGGGAAUCCUUAACUGUUCAGGUCUGAGGCUUAGAAAGUAGCAAACUCAAAGGACAAAGUCCUCUUGUCCAGGCUGUGACUAGUACUUUUUUAUCUUCUUAUUAGAGCGCAAACUAAGGUAGAAUCAUAUCAUACUCGUUUGCACAAUGAUCAGAUUAGAUUACCGUGCGAUUUGUUUUCCAUUGGAUAGAUGAAUGUAAGAGUAAUCCAAAAUGUGACCUUAUUUGCAUAAAAAAAAGAAAUUAACCUGAAUUGGAUGUGGUGAAUCUUAAUGAUAUGGCAGCAACAUAAUAAAAAAAAACAAUAAUUA